CAAACUGAAUCAAUGGCCUGGUGCCUAUGACAGCAGGUGGCAUUCUGACUUCAGCAGAGGCUGUGUUUGAUUUCACAGGUACAGCGGAUCUCCAGCCCAGACGUCCGAAAAGACUCCGGAGCCCAAGGCCAUGAGCAGGAAAAGCUCUGUGGAGCUGCAGAGGGUGGCGACCCUCCCAGCCCAGGGUUGCAGCAACAGUGGCUUUCAGAAUGAUGAAGAUGACUUUGAAAACCAGAACACAUCAGGAAAUGACCACUCACUAAGGAACAGAGCUGUGCAAAACAGAGAGCAUGAAAAUGGCAAACAGGUAGAAGAGCACAUCACCAUCGAGCAGGAUUCUCUAAGAAAGGAUGAAGAAGAGGAGGAUGAUCGAGAAACACAUCGAAAAGGGUACAGGUGCCUGGAAAGGAUGUGUGGGAGGAUGUCUGAUUUUUGUAGAGAACACAAAACAACCCUUCGGUACAUCAUCUGGGGCAUUUUAAUAGCAGGUUACCUGGCCCUGGUGAUCGCAGCCUGUGUGAUGAACUUUCACAGAGCCCUUCCUCUUUUCGUGAUCACCGUGGUUGCCAUCUUCUUUGUGGUCUGGGAUCACUGCAUGGCCAAAUAUGAGUCUCAGAUAGCCAGGUUCCUGUCUCCAGGCCAAAGGCUACUGGACAGCCAUUGGUUCUGGCUGAAGUGGGUGAUAUGGGGCUGCCUGAUCCUGGGAGUUAUUCUCUGGCUGGUCUUUGACACUGCCAAAUUGGGCCAACAGCAGCUGGUGUCUUUUGGAGGACUCAUAAUGUACGCUUCCCUGACAUUUCUAUUUUCUAAGCACCCAACCAAAGUUUACUGGAGGCCUGUCUUUUGGGGAAUUGGGUUACAGUUUCUUCUUGGCCUUUUGAUACUAAGGACAGAACCUGGAUUUAUGGCUUUUGAUUGGUUGGGCAAACAAGUUCAGACGUUCCUGGGGUACACUGAUGCUGGUGCUUCAUUCGUCUUUGGUGAGAAAUAUACAGACCACUUUUUUGCAUUCAAGGUACUGCCCAUUGUGAUUUUCUUCAGCACUGUGAUGUCCAUGUUGUACUACCUCGGAUUGAUGCAGUGGAUCGUUAGAAAGGUUGGAUGGGUAAUGCUAGUGACUAUGGGAACAUCUCCUGUUGAAUCUGUAGUUGCUUCUGGCAAUAUAUUUAUUGGACAGACCGAGUCUCCUCUGCUGGUCCGACCGUAUUUACCCUAUGUCACCAAGUCUGAACUCCACGCGAUCAUGACCGCUGGGUUCUCUACCAUUGCCGGAAGUGUCUUAGGUGCAUACAUCUCUUUUGGGGUUUCAUCCUCUCACUUGUUAACUGCUUCAGUUAUGUCUGCACCUGCAGCAUUGGCUAUUUCGAAACUUUUUUGGCCUGAGACAGAAACACCUAAAAUAAACCUCAAGAAUGCCAUGAAAAUGGAAAAUGGUGAUUCAAGGAAUCUCCUAGAAGCUGCAACACAGGGAGCAUCCUCAUCCAUUUCCCUGGUGGCGAACAUCGCCGUGAAUUUGAUUGCCUUCCUAGCCCUGCUGUCUUUUAUGAAUUCAGCCCUGUCCUGGUUGGGAAACAUGUUUGACUACCCACAACUGAGUUUUGAGGUAAUAUGCUCCUACAUCUUCAUGCCCUUUGCCUUCAUGAUGGGAGUAGACUGGCAAGAUAGCUUUAUGGUUGCCAAACUCAUAGGUUAUAAGACAUUCUUCAAUGAAUUUGUGGCUUAUCAGCAACUCUCAAAAUUGAUCCAUUUAAGGCAAGUGGGUGGACCCAAAUUUGUGGAUGGUGUGCAGCAAUAUAUGUCGAUGCGUUCUGAGGCAAUCUCCACUUAUGCUCUCUGUGGCUUUGCCAAUUUUGGUUCCCUGGGAAUAGUGAUCGGCGGACUCACUUCCAUGGCUCCUUCAAGAAAGCGUGACAUCACCGCAGGAGCAAUGAGAGCUCUGAUUGCGGGGACCAUCGCCUGCUUCCUGACGGCCUGCAUUGCAGGCAUGCUUACCAACACUCCUGUAGACAUCAACUGCCACCACAUUUUGGAGAAUGCCUUCAACUCCAGCUUAGUCAGAAAUACAACCAAUGUCAUAUCUUGUUGCCAGGGUCUACUGAGCAGCACUGUUGUCAAGGGUCCUGGUGAGGUCAUCCCAACCGGAAACCAUAGCCUGUAUACUUUGAAGAACUGCUGCAAUUUGUUGAAUACACCAACACUGAACUGCAGUUGGAUUCCUAAUGUACUUUGAGUCCAGCCACUCCUCCAACAGAACUCUAAGUACAGGUGCUGAAUUUUCUGCUUUGAGGAGAGUGGGGAGAAACAAGCUAUUUCCACAGAUCAAUACUUCUGUCAUGGAGUUUCAGCUUUAAAGAAGAAAAACAGGAAUGAAUGCUUCAGAUCUAUAGCAUCUUCCUCCUCCCCUUUUUUCUCCCCACUACUGAGAAUUACUCAUUUUGGUGUCCCAAAGUGACAUGUUAUCUCCAAAAAUGUUUCCUAUCUCAAAAGGAGAUUCUGGAGACGAUGCAAAGAUGCUUUUUAGUGAAGUGAUCUUAAUGGCAUAAAGACCACACUAUAUGAAGAAACACAAAUACUAAUGACUGGAUUAAAGGGGUUUCACCCAAAAGAAAGAAUGUGAGAAAGGUUUGGAAUACCUUAAGUAAUUUAUUUGUGUUUUCAUUUUUGUUCAUACACAAGAGUAAUUUUUUUAAAUCCAUAUGUGAAUAGUUGAUUUGUAUGUGUUGUGUGUGUAUGUGUGGUGGUGAUGAAGUGGGAACAUAAAUGGUAUUUACACGUCCUUUCCCUCUGUUCUGUAGGUUCUGGUGUCAGCCUUCAUAAAAGCCUAUGGCACAGUGUGUGAGGGAUGCCAGUUAGUCAUAUGUUGGUUCUCCUCUGUUUACUAUGACUAUUAUUUUUCUCUCUCACUCUUUUUUCUCUUUUUAACUCUUUGCAUUUUUCUACUCUGUUUUAUUCCUGAGAGUUAAAGUUUUCCCCUUUUCAAAUUCAAAAAUUAAUAAAAUUCAUUUUUAAUAAAAGUGGCAAUAUUACACACAUACCCCUUUCUCUCCAUCCUAUUCACUCCAGUCUCUUUCCAGUACCACACUUGGAAAUUAACUGUUAAUGGACUAGUACUGAGGGAGGGAGAUAUUAUUUCUGAGUCAUGUGGUGAGACUAGAUAGUAAGGGGGUAAGGAUCAGGCAAAUGAGCUGGUGAGCACUUGAGGCUUGCUGCCUCCAGAAAUCUUAUCAAUACUCUGUGAACUUUGUGAGUGGCGCUGGGCUAGGUGGAAGUUUCCCUUUUCCCAGUGAAGCUACUCAGUCGAAGGUUUUGGUAGACAGUGAUGUCUUCACUCUUCUUUGGCGCACGUAGAUACUGGAGAGCUAUUUAUUCCUCAUAGUAUAUCCUCCACCCACCCGUAGUCUUCUGAAAUGGCAAAGAUGGAGUGUCUUUGUGUUUCCUGUGUGUUUCCUUGGCUGUUGCCCAAGGUCACCCAGCGCUAUUUUGCGCUCACCCAGCACAGAACAUUGCUGUCAGUCUAUGCACGCUGACCUUGUUUCAAGCCAAGGCUGUGAAAUGAAGAAUUCUGCAUUCUGUCUUAUCUGUGACUGGAAUCCAAAGUCUCCACCCUUCUUUCUGAGUCUAUCUUCACACUGAUACAGUUUUCAUUAACCUGAAAGUCCUUUUUCAAAUACAGUAUUAUGAGUCCAGAUAUGAAUGUUUCCUAAUCUCAAUAAAGAGGGACAUUUACUGCU